AACAGAAGGAGUGGUCAUCAAGGUUCUAGCCACCAUACGCAUACACUCACAUUAGGUUCCUAUGCAUUUUUGUUCGUCCCUAAAGAAGUUAGCCUCGCCCACCAGAAACAACUUCUUUGAACCCAGUUCGCAUCAGUAACCGUGAUACAUAACAGCUAAGUUGUGCCGAGAUUUACUAGUUGCUCAAAGGAACUGUACACAAUAAACUGACAAGUACAAUAUAGCAUAGUGAUUGUUAUACGACAAAAUAACUGUCCAGUGCUGAUGGAGAAGCUAUUUAUGUGCCUAAUGCUCUUGAUCAGUAGCUGUAGACUCCAACCAACUAUCAGGUUGUAGAUAAUCUUGCUCGUAAUCCAUCAGGAAUCCCUAUCAAGUGAUUAUUCCAUCUCCCUUCAACGACACAUACACCAUGGCUACUAUCACCCGAGGCGGAAUCCCCAUCGAGCCCUUCAGGGACGAAGACGGUAGGAACGUGUACCACUUUAAUUAUCCCAUGUACGCCCCCUUCGACCCUUACUACCGCAUCAAGCUCCACAGACGGGCGUACAGACCCCGCGAAAUGCUAAACUCUACCAUAAAAGCCUUCUAUAACCGACAGGACUUUGCAUUAAGCCCGCGCCAGACCGCGGCGCGCGAGCACUUCUGCGCCAAGUACGUGCUGCAGGGUCCGUCGUAUGGGAAGCGGCUCGAGCCCGGUGAGUCAUACGAGUACGUAGAUACCGACGUCAGGUUCUGGGCGCAGCAGCUGGACGAUUUCUUCUUCUUCGGGCUGCUGGGACGUUACGUCAUGAUCGAGACUGGUAUCGAUGUCGUCGGUGAGGACCCGUUUCGACUCGAGGCUAGGAUCGAUGGGGAAACCACCUGGGUUACGGAAGAGGGAGAAGGGGGUCGUACAUACGUACGUAUCUUGCUUAAUACUGGCAUUCGCACAGCUCGUGGUGACUCGAUCUACGGGCUUAAUGAUAUUAUAGCCCAGCUCAUGCACGAGAUGGUGCACGCUUACUUCCUAAUCUACUCCUGCGACUGUCGGAGGUGCGAAAGGGCUCUCUUGAACACCACCGGUCUUCCAGGGGAUGGCCACGGGCCUGUCUUCCUGAUGCUCCACCGCCUCAUCUUGAGCGAGAUCAGGCGAUGGGGUAAUGCCGGGGGUAACGACCUAUCAGAGCUGGCGUGGGAAGACUGCCCCGAGCUGUGUAUAAGUUUGAAUUUAAACUGGCGAGCUAAGAUGGUCAUCGAAGAUCUCACGCGGCAGGAGAGGAGACAGUUCACCAGAGUCCGGAGUUACGAGUCCAGCGCAUUCCACCUCGUGCGCAUUACGCACACCGGUGCCGUUGCCGUUCGUCCCAAUAUCAAGCACAGGCAGAUCCGGCUUGAGAACCUGCUUAAGGACAAGCGCAUCCGGGCGGACGAGUAUAGAGUGGAUCUGCUCGACGAGUGGCUUGCGUACGAGGAGGAGGAGGAGGAGGAAGAGGGGGAAAAGGAGAGUUUGCCAGAUGACGACGGUGAACAAGAUGAGGAGGAAGCUCGACUGGAAAGUGAGACUCCGGAAGGUGACGACUAGAUUUAGUUUAUGAGGUGCUUUGUUCGUGAGGCCAAAGCACCCAUAGGAUGGCCAAGUGGCGGAC